CUCUAAACCAUCACCCAUACUUCCUCUCCUUUCAUCCUCUCUUCAACCCAUCAAAAAUGGCUAAACUAUUAGCUCUCUUCGCUUUUUGUCUCCUCUCAGUGCUUUCCACCGCCAUAGCCACCGGUAAUACGUUCAGCCUUAAAGGCCGUGUCUACUGUGACACCUGUCGUUGCGGAUUCGAAACCUCCGCCACCAAAUACUUAGCUGGUGCGAAGGUUAGAGUAGAGUGCAGAGAUAGGAACUCGAUGAACCUGAGGUACACCAUGGAGGCAGUAACUGAUGCUACAGGAACUUACCAUAUUGAAGUGGCAACUGAUCAUGGUGAUCAGAAAUGCGAGUGCACCCUUGUGGGGAGUCCAGACCCUGGGUGUGGUAAGCCAAACAUCGGUCGUCACCGUGCUACAGUCAUCCUUACCAGCAACAAUGGCAUGAACUACGGUGCUCGUUAUGCUAAUGCGAUGGGUUUCUUGAAGGAUACAGCAUUGGCUGGAUGCCCUCAGCUCGUCAAAUCUUACUUUCCUGAAGAGAUUUAGUUUGAUUUCUUAUAGUUAUUGGUUUUAAUCAUCUUGGUAAAAUUUCUCAUUUGCUAAAGAAUAAUCGCAGAUCGAAUUUAGUGGAUUUGUUAUAUUGUGUAUCAUUGACAUAGUUAUGAAAUGGUACAAUCAUUUCUCUUGUUGGUUUAAUUAUAUGUAAUGCUACGUUUUCUCUUAUUAAAUAUCCUACUUCAGAUAUAUAUGAUAC